GACCGGCUACAUUUGGUAUUUUGGGGGCUAAGGAGGUGGUGAAAACCUAUCCGUAGCUUGGAACAUGGAAAGAUUCUUUCCUAAAACGACUAAGAAAACACAGCAACUCCUGAAGUCCCAGUUCGAGUACCGCGCCCGGAACAAAAAGCUCCGGAAGAUCCACAAAGCGGCCAGCGAGGGGGACGCCUUUGCAGUUCAGCAUCUCCUGGUGGUGCGGGCCUGCGGAGUGAACGACCGAGACGGGAACAACAGAACCGCUCUGCAUCUGGCUUGUGCCAAAGGACAUGUAGAAGUUGUCAAUUUCCUCAUAGGAAGACAAUGCCUGAUUGAUGCCAUUGACAAUGCAGACAUGACACCUCUGAUGAAGGCCACACAGUGUAAUCAAGAGAAAUGUGCUAUCAUCCUACUAGAGCAUGGCGCUGACCCAAACCAUAUGGACAAGAAUGGCAACACUGCCCUCCACUAUGCCAUCUAUAAUGAGAACACAGGAAUAGCACAAAAAUUGCUUCAACACAACGCAGAUAUCGAAAGAAGAAAUAAGAUUGGCUUCACACCACUUUUGAUUGCUGUCCAUGAAAAUGCAGAGAACAUGGUGGAGUUUUUAAUUAUGAAUAAAGCAAAUGUUCAUGAAGUGGAUAAUAUGGAUAGGUCUGGCAGUGGACUUGGACUUACUGACCAUUUGGGUGCAUCAAGUGUGAAAGACCUCAACUUAUUUACCAUGGAAGGACAGUCAACUUCACCAGAUCUAAAGAGCAAAAAUGAUCCUGCCGGCACUCUGUGUGCUCAGAAAGAGCAAACAGAUGAGGAUGUAAUGUGUUAUGUUGAUGAAUCUUAUGAUCAUACAGAUAUGGUAUCUCCCUUAAGACUAGAAGAUGAAGUUAUAGAAUUACCAUCAUAUUCACAGAGUAGUUCUGAAAGUCCUCUGCCGGAAGAUGCUGGCCAAUGUGAGGAUCACAGAGAGGAGUAUAUGGAUGAACCAGUGGAAGACAGUUAUAAGGAAAGAAACCCACAGUGGACUGUAUUGAAGGAGCCAUUGUAUGAUCGUUGCAGAACUAAUAACCAUGAAAGCAUGGAAGCUGAAUUAGAACUUAUCAGUUUUUAUCCAGCACAUGAUGACACAGAAACAAUAUCCACACAGGAACAAGAAUAUCUUGAAAUAAGUGAAUAUCACCAGCCAGAGUUUGAAGAAGAAGAAAGAAAGAAUCUGGAAAAUGAUGGAAUGGGAGUAAGAGAAGAUCUCUGCGAGUGCGAUGCUCCUGCUGGCGACAGUAACGAAGGUGCAUUCAUUCCACAAAAUAAGACUGGAAAGCCUGAUAAUCAACAACUGCCUGUGAAGACAGACGAAGAGUAUUACAAGAACCAGUUAACAAGGAUAAUAGAGCAAUAUCGUAAACAAGUAGAAGUGAGACGACAACAUGAACUGACACUGAACACACUAAGAAUGGAAUUGAUGGCUUUCAAAAAUGACUUGCGUCAAGUGAAAGAACAGCAUAACAAAAUCCAGAGCCAUCUCUCUAGGCAAGAGAGUGCAAGAAAAGAUGCAAUGCAGGUGAGUGACUUUUGCCAUCCAAAGGAGUUUCAAGAGGCAGAAGCUCAAUACCAAGGAAUGGUACAAAAUAUGGAGAAGUCAGAUCAACUGAAAUACCACAAUUUAAGGCUUGAGUGUGAAAUUUUGGAAUUAAAAUAUACCAUCAAAAAUCAAGCAGACAGAAUUGAAAAGCUGGAGAAAAACCUGGCAAGACCAAGUUGCUCUGACAAGAUGUGCGAAAACAGUUCUGUGAAGAUAAAACUCACAGGAGCCAUAAAAAUUACACCAAGACUUUUACGUUAG